AUGCCACGGGCCCCAGACGCCCCGCCGGUGCAGGUGUGGGUGGGCGGCCAGCUCUUCCAGGCCGAUCGGGCUCUGCUGGUGGAGCACUGCGGCUUCUUCCGCGGUCUCUUCCGCUCCGGCAUGCGGGAGACGCGCGCGGCCGAGGUGCGCCUGGGCGCGCUGAGCGCUGGCGGCUUCCACACCACGCUGCAGGUGCUGCGCGGCGAGAGGCCGGCGCUGGCGGCUGACGAGGAGCUGCUGCAGGCCGUGGAGUGCACCGCCUUCCUGCAGGUGCCGGCGCUAGCGCGCUUCCUGGAGCACAGUCUCACGUCGGACAACUGCGCGCUGCUGUGCGACGCGGCCGCCGUCUUCGGCCUGCACGACCUGUUCCACAGCGCCGCGCUCUUCAUCCGCGACGGCGGGCACGAGCUGGCUGCCGAGCUGGCGCUGCCCGAGGCCCGCGCAUACGUGGCGGCGCUGCGGCCCAGCAGCUACGUGGCCGUAAGCACGCACACGCCGGCGCCCGGCUUCCUGGAGGACGCGUCGCGCACGCUGUGCUACCUGGACGAGGAGGCGGACGUGUGGCGCACGCUGGCCGCGCUGCCGCUGGAGGCCAGCACGCUGCUGGCGGGCGUGGCCACGCUGGGCAACAAGCUGUACAUCGUGGGCGGCGUGCGGGGCGCCAGCAAGGAGGUGGUGGAGCUGGGCUUCUGCUACGACCCCGACGGCGGCACGUGGCGCGAAUUCCCCAGCCCGCACCAGCCGCGUUAUGACACGGCGCUGGCCGGCUUCGAUGGCCGCCUCUAUGCCAUCGGCGGCGAGUUCCAGAGGACGCCCAUGAGCUCUGUGGAGCGCUACGACCCAGCCGCCGGCUGCUGGAGCUUCGUGGCCGACCUGCCUCAGCCGGCCGCGGGCGUGCCCUGCGCCCAUGCGCGUGGCCGCCUCUUCGUGUGUCUGUGGCGGCCGGCCGACACCACGGCUGUGGUGGAGUACGCUGUGCGGGCGGACACGUGGCUGCCUGUGGCCGAGCUGCGGCGUCCGCAGAGCUACGGCCACUGCAUGGUGGCCCACCGCGACAGUCUCUAUGUGGUGCGCAAUGGACCGAAAGACGACUUCCUCCACUGCGCCAUUGACUGUCUCAACUUGGCCACGGGCCAGUGGACGGCACUACCUGGCCAGUUUGUCAACAGCAAGGGAGCGCUGUUCACGGCAGUAGUGCGCGGCGACACAGUCUAUACAGUCAACCGCAUGUUUACGCUGCAAUAUGCCAUCGAGGGUGGCACCUGGAGGCUGCUCAGAGAGAAGGCCGGCUUCCCACGGCCUGGCUCCUUGCAGACCUUCCUCCUUAGGCUGCCAUCUGGUGCCCCGGGGCCUGUGGCCUCCACCACACCAGAACUAUGAUCCUGGGCUGGCCUUUAGACGGGGAUAUCCCGGAGUCUUCGCUGAGCCAUGGCUGAGUCUGUAAGGCUGGCCUUCGGAGCUGCUUGGAACUUCCGUCUCUCUGGUUGAGACAUGCAGGUUUUGGGCCUUGUGGUGAUAUGAACAUGUCCAAGAAAUUCAGAGAGUAACAACAAUGCUGGGGUCUGAACCGUCAAAUUACUUGGGCUCUGCUGAGAGGUGGUGGGUCAGGAUGCCAGUGGAUUGCGGGGGUAGGGUUUCAGUAAUCUAGGCUUGUGUGUGAAUGGGCCAAUAACUGAGCAUGGCUAGGAGUGAGUUAAGUGAUGUUAAACUGCCAGUCAGUUGGCAAGAAUUUGGCACCUACUGUGUGCCCGGUACAGUGCUAGGCCUAAUGUAGCUGUAGUUGCUAGAGGGGUCCACAAAGCCUAGGGUCUAGCCCGAGACAAUGAAAGGUUUACAUACACUUGUCUUGAUCCACUGAGGGCUAAAGACAACAGUCAAAACAAAAAACUCACGAUGGAAUAAAAGUAUUGAAAUCAGGGCAAAGGGAAAAUAGGGAGGAGGAAAAAAUACAUAACUCCAGGAAGGAGAAUAGUAUAUGAAGUGCACAAAGAAGACAGGCAGGGUAAUGAGCUGCUGCAGGGGAAGUUCAGACGGUGAAGACUGAGCUCAGAAGAGGAGAUGGGGAAAAGCUGGAACAGAUGGGAAGAGGCCCUGCGAGCCCAGCCUUUAAGGCAGAACAGCUGUGAAUGGAGGCAUCUGGGGAGGGGGCAAGGCUGGCAUGGCUUGUAGAGACAGUAACUGAGCUGAACCUGGAGCAACACCUGUGAGAGAGAAAGGAUGUGGACCGGCAGGGGAGAACUCAGUUGCAAGCCCUUCCCACUCCCUUUUUUGCCAUCACCCUGCAGGCAAUGGAUUAUCAACUUCCAUGACUUUAGGUCACUUGAGGCAGGAGCACAGUCCUGGCCAGGUCUAACUGCCUCCUCCUCAUUCUGCGGGUUAAUUCUCUCCUCCAAGCCUCUGCUCCUGCCAUUCUCUGGGCCUGGAAUGCCUUUCCUCUCCCCCCGCCCCUCUGUUGGCUCUGUACCCACC